UUUGUCAGGUGAAUGAUUCUGUAUUAAAUACCCUAUGUACCAGUAAUGGUGUGAUGGAAAUGAAAUGUAUCAUUAUCUAGUGAACAAUUUCGCCUCCUCGAUAACUAUGUUUCACUGUUCCCUUUUUUUUAAAUAUUUCUUUUAUCAAACAUGUAUCUAAUUCUUCAGAUAAUCCUCAACUCAAUGCACAAAUACCAGCCUCGGUUACAUGUCGUUCAAGCGAACGAAUUCAACGCCUUAAAUGGACGAAGUGCUUAUCAAACAUUUGUAUUCCACGAAACGGAGUUCAUGGCCGUCACUGCUUAUCAGAAUCCACAGGUUGGUGUCUUGCAUACUUUAUUUGCCAAAUAUGGCAGAGUAAUCCUGUGACUAAAGUAUAAAGGCCGAUUUAGAACUUUUGCCUAAAACUGUCGCAUGGGACCUGCUUAAUUACAACUUGAGUUGUACUGUGUAAAUCAAGCACACGACGCAUCAACGACAACGUAACCAAGCUGUAUGUUGAUUUACACAAAGUACAACUCAAGUUGUAAGCAGGUUGCAUGCGACAGUUUUAGACAAAAGUUGUGUGUAGUCUAAAUCGGCUUUAAGGAACUGCUUGGUUAGCUCUUUGUUUCUAUACCGACCGCAUUUGUUUUGAUUUAAAAAUAUCCUGUGUGAUCUUGGGUGUAGCUGGCAAUGAUUAUGGUUCGAGCUAUUUGUUGAAAGAUGAAACGACCGUAGUACCUGAAAAUGUAAAAAAGCUAUUCCAAAGUCCUUGUGUAAUGGACAAAAGACAUUGUCUUCUGGAUUGCCUAUAUGAUCUGUCACUUCAUAUUAUCAUAUCAAUAACAAUCAAUCAAUUCUCUAUCUCAAUCUACUUCAUUGCUACUUGAAUCUGUUUGCUACCUUGCCAAAUAGAAAGUUGCAGAAAGGAUCAACCUUCUUAUUGAUCCAGUGUUACAACAGCAGGAAACCUAAACUAAACCAACUUUAUUUAUACUGGAUAGCUUUAUCAGUUCUCAACUGUUCUCCCUAGAGGUCCAGUAAGGAUCAUCUCUUAUUGAUCCAGUGUUACUACAGGAGGAAACCUAAACUAAACUAACUUUAUUUAUACUGGAUAGCUUUAUCAGUUCUAUACUGGAUAGCUUUAUCAGUUCUAAACUGUUCUCCCUAGAGGUCCAGUAAGGAUCAUCUCUUAUUGAUCCAGUGUUACUACAGGAGGAAACCUAAACUAAACUUAUUUAUACUGGAUAGCUUUGUCAGUUCUAAACUGUUCUUCCUAGAGAUCCAGUAAGGAUCAUCUCUUAUUGAUCCAGUGUUACUACAGGAGGAAACCUAAACUAAACCAACUUUAUUUAUACUGGAUAGCUUUAUCAGUUCUAAACUGUUCUCCCCAGAGGUAAAGUUAGGAACAUUCCUUCUUGGUCUAGUGUUACUACAGGUAGGAUCUGGAGAAAACCUGUGAUGUUUGUUAGAACAGAAAUCUCUCUUCAUGUGCAAUGGACCAUUUCCCAAUUAACCAAAAUUUUGAACUCAACAAGUCUAGAUUAAAAUUUCAUCACAGCUUGAAAGAGCAUCACAAAAUUAGUAAUAUUCCAAAGUUUCGUUGCAAAAUGUUGUAAAAUGCGGAUAAUAUAGCCUUGCGAAGUUGGCAAUUUUCAGUCAUUUUAGAUUACAAACGGGAAAUGGUUACCACUUGUGUGCGUAAUACAAAAUGACUGAAAAUUACGAGCUUCGCAAGGCUAUAUUAUCCGCAUUUUACAACAUUUUGCAAUGAAACUUUGGAGUACUACUAAUUUUGUGAUGCUCUUUCAAGCUGUGAUGAAAUUUUUGUUCAGGCUAGUUAAGAGCAAAAUUUUGGAAAAGUGGUAACCAUUUCCCGUUUGUAAUCUAAAAUGACUGAAAAUUGCAAAUUUCGCAAGGCUAUAUUAUUCGCAUUUUACAACAUUUCGCAACGAAACUUUGGAAUAUUACUAAUUUUGUGAUGCUCUUUCAUGCUAUGAUGGAAUUUUGUCUAGACUUGUUGAGAUCAAAAUUUUGGUUAAUUGGGGAAUGGUCCAUUGAACUGCGGUUACAGAGGUGUACGACGAAUGCACUAGCCCCUAUACCACCAACACUUCUUAACAAAACAACUGAGCAUUAAACUUCUCAUAGCUUAAACCUGUUCAGGGCAAGGACAAUCACGCAAGGUCGAGUGCUAAUCAUUCCAAUGUCAUGUCGCGGAUCUACGUGAGAAUUUCUGGAAUAGUUCUACAGAUUAUCUUGAAUUAAACCCAUUAUGUUGCAUACUAAACUUGAUCCAGAUUAGCGUUCAAAAAUCUCGGAAGUUGAGAAAAUGGGAACGGAACACAGCGUGUGGUUUAAAGAGGGGGUCACGAUGAGACCCUCGUUACCACCUUGGGCGCUCUUGGAAGAACAGUUUAGAACUGAUAGAACUAUCCAGUAUCAAUAAAGUUAGUUUAGUUUAGGUUUCCUCCUGUAGUAACACUGGAUCAAUAAGAGAUGACUCUUACUGGACCUCUAGGAAGAACAGUUUAGAACUGAUAGAGCUAUCCAGUAUAAAUAAAGUUAGUUUAGCUUAGGUUUCCUCCUGUAGUAACACUGGAUCAAUAAGAGAUGAUUAUUGCUGGACCUCUAGGAAGAACAGUUUAGAACUGAUAGAGCUAUCCAGGAUAUAUAGAGUUUGUGUAGUUUAGGUUUCCUCCUGUAGUAACACUGGAUCAAUAAGAGAUGAUUAUUGCUGGACCUCUAGGAAGAACAGUUUAGAACUGAUAGAGCUAUCCAGGAUAUAUAGAGUUUGUGUAGUUUAGGUUUCCUCCUGUAGUAAGACUGGAUCGAUAAGUAAUGAAACUUUUACUGAAACUGUACGCAAAGUAGUUUGGCUAUGCACAGCCAUCCGGAACGUUAACACGUUGGACGAAUGCCCAAGCACGAAGCGGUGUGUAACUACAAACUAUUCAUCUUUUAGAUUACACAACUCAAGAUUGAAAACAAUCCGUUUGCCAAAGGUUUUCGUGGGACGUGUAACUCUUUCAGUUCCACGACGUACGGAGCGACUAAACGCAAGUUGGAGGAAGACCCUGAAGAGACUGGGCCGGGUAGUAGAUUAUCACCUCACAACAUGAUGAAAUUGACCAAUUGUAGCAGCCCGUCCUCUGUAUGUGUGACGUCAUCACCACGUCACGUGAUUCAUCAUUACACCACAGGUAUGUACGGGACAAUGAUGUUUUUCAGUCACAAGACAGCAGAUGAUGGCCAAUGUCAGAAAAGUUGAACGGAGCAUGAGAAUUAAACUGCAUUUCUCAAUUCUAUUUAUUUGCCACCAAAUACAAGACACUACAUACCGUAAACCUCCGACUAUAAGCCCUGGGCUUAUAUAGUUUCGUAAGCGAUUUCUGAUGGGCUUAUACAAGGGGGGGGGGGUGGGGUUAUAUACGGGGGGCUUAUACAUGGACGAUCUUUUGUGUUAGUAAUAAACAAGUCUGCCCUAGCCCUGGCCACAGGGGGUGCUAUUUUUUAUGAUAAAGCAAAAAACGGACAAGAUGAGAUACAGUAAUUUGAGUAAUAACGUGAUGAUAAGUGAAUUGUGAACAACAAUUACAAUUCAAAUACAGUAGUUGAUGGGCGGGUGGCACACAUGACCGACACAACUCGGCAGUCGGCACCCCCCCCCCCCCUACCAGAUCACGCUGGAUCCAUCCCUGGUGAAACCCACCUCCUGUUAUUUCUAGCUAGAAGUAUAUUCGCCAAAUUUAGGUAUUUUAUAACAUCUUCAUUAUUUCCUUCCCAGCUUCAUCCGAAUCUCAAACACCGAGUGAAGAAAAUGGUACUUACGACUGUAUGCAGAAUAUCACGACUGUUGGUAAAACCACGUCGCCUAGCAACCCAGAAUGGCGUGACGACACAAAUUCAUCUCCCGGAAUAACCCCGGUAUGUCCAGUCCCCCUUCCGGCAGGAGAUUCACCGACAUACCGGAACCCCUUUAACAAGACGAACUGUCGAUUUUCAGUGAUGACGUCAUACUCGCCCUAUCAAGGUUUGUACGCUAGUUCCCAGGAACAGACCGCGAUACAACAUCCGUAUACGGUAGGGCACCAUUUUGGAGCACACUCGAGCGACCACCCACCUUCGUGCUAUCGUUACAUGCCUGGUGAACUUUACGCGGGUAAUUUCCUAAAGGGACAAGACUGUGUUUCAAAUGGGUAUGUCAGUUUGCCCAUCUCAAAUCAAAAUGGCGGCAGUUUAAAUAACAACGCGCAAGACUUUGGCUCAUAAUUUUAAACCAUCUAUGUAAUGUUAAAAAUUGACGGUGCCCGUUUCGGAGGCUACAAACGAGAGGCCCCCCAAUGGAAUGACAAGAUUUUUAUUAAGAAUGCAGACAAUUAGGACUUCGGGGUUCGAAGUGAUAUUUUAGACUAACAGAACGGGGAACGCCUAAGUACAGUAUUUCAAAUAAUUUUCCCGGAAUGGAACGCAUAUGGCCAAUGAACGAUCAAGGAACAAGUCUAGUAGCCAAUAGAAAAAAGAAGCCAAUAAUGAUUGAGACAACAAUAAUUUAACUAUGGCAGUAGUCCGAGGGAUGUAUUGUUUUGAAAAUCGUCCUACAAUUUGGUAGCAAUCUUCUGGAUAAUGUGGAUAUAAAUAUGUAUUUGGAAAGAGGAAAUCUGUCACCCAAUUGGAGGUUUCACACAUUACACGGCAUUAACAGUUUUUAAUCAACUCUUCAGAACUCAAUAUAUUAAAAUUUUCGACCGCGCUUUUUUGAGGACCUCAAGAAGAAUGAAUUUGUCUGUGCUAAAUUGAAUACAACUUUAAAUUAUGAUUAAAAUGUAUAGAAAUUAUGUAAAUAUGCAGAAUUCAUGAAUAAAUUAUAUCCAGGUGUUAGAUUUGGAUUAAAACGUGUUGAGGUUUCAAUAUUGUUUGCACGGGUUUGAUUACAGAUUUUGUUUCUGAAUACUCGUGGCUUGUUGUUUUCAUUCAUCAUGCUUGCGGCGACAUUUUGUAUUAGCCUCAACGCAUCUGCGGAUGGGACAAUGAACUCAUUUGCAAUCAUAUGCCCGAUUUCAGGACUUUCUCAAAAACGCCGGAGCCGAAAUUAACCGGCCAGAUUAAUAAUCAGAGACUUCUAAAUCUGUAUAUUUCAUUGUAUUUAUAACGUUUAACCAUUGGCAAGAAAAUAACAAGAACUAAAAACCAACAACAGGCAACAAAUACGGUAAUAUGAGGAGUAAUUUUUGUCUUUGCUAUCUCCUAACCCGUCAAAAUCUUUGACGUUUUAAGCGUCUUUUAAUAAUGAUACAACUGUUUUCAACAAGAACUCCGUGCAGCCAUUCGUAUACCGCAGUAAACAGGCUUAGUUGAUUAGCAACUGAUGAAGCAUAAAACCGAACAGAGAAGAUGAUUUAAAAAAUGUUGUCAAAACUUUCCCAUAUUUUAGUAAAAUAAUUCUUUAAUCCGACUUAAAAUGUUUUUGAAAACCCUUUGUUUACACUACAAAACUAACGUUCACGGUAAUGUGUCCAACCCUGGUUUGCGUAAAUCUGGGAUAGGCUUUAAAAAACGCUUCAGAUUGAUAGGGAUCUACUAACUCUUGACGAAGGACCUUCGCUCGAAACGUUGAGUUUCUGCUUAUUUUUUAAGGUAGUAAUAUAACCACUCAGCACAGCAACUGCCUGAAGAACUUCGGCGUUUCGAGCGAAUGUUAGACGCACUUAUACUUUAAAAAUUGUCUUGGUUUUAGUCACCCAUAUAGGCUAUAGCUUAUACUUUUAUAAAGGAAACAAUUUGAUAUAUACUACGAAAUUUACACAACCUAACUUAGCCUUAGAGCUACAGUAUGAAUCGUGAAAAUGCGCAACAAAUAUUCCUAACCUGCGCUCGCGCGCAAAUUGGCACUUGUUAAUAGUAGGGAACAACUUUCGCGCGUCAGCGUUCGCGCUAAAAAACAUGUCGCCUUGUCAUGAAGUUCGUGUUUCCUAAAGUUACGAAGCGUAACGUGGUGUUAACUUGUCAGACUUAGUCUGCUAAAUGCAGUAGGCGAAAUUUUUAACAGCCUUAAACUGUGUCGAUUUUGACAGAAUAUUGCGCGUAUUCUUCACAGGAUUAACGCUACAGCCCAUUAAAACAUUUAAAGCAAGAGCUCGCAUCCUUUCCGCGAUGAAAAUCGUCGGCUGUUUUAACACAUAUCCGUUUCAACUUGAUAUCUAAAUGCACACCGCUCCAUGAAGAGUUGUAAAAGAGAUAGGCGAUAAGAGCAUUUAUUUUUGGUCAAGAUUUGGCUUGGUCUCAGGAAAUAUUUUGCACAUAUAUAGUGUUAAGAUGUUGUCGAACCUUGUGGCUACUGUAGGGCCAGGUUCUUGAUCUGUGAAAUGCGUUUUCCAAACACCUUAAGUUUUUAACCAGUUUCCUUCUUGGGAACAUUGAUCUUGGGAACAUUGAUCAUAUUGGGUUGAUCGGUUUUGACUUUGUUUAAAAUUUUUAUCCUCUGACAUUUUUGGACCAACAGUAUUGGAUGAUGCUCAUUUAAACGGGGCUAAAUAUUUAACUUAAAAUGUAUAAUAUGACACUUAUAUAAUACAAGUCUUGUUCGAACAUUUGUCAAUGAGACGCAUUUAAAUAAAACCGAAGAAUAUGUACUAUUGAAAUUUAUAUCUCAAGUGAGAUCCGUGUAUUUAAAUAAUAUUGAAGCUAUUGCAUGAAGAAGCAUGAAGUAUAUAUAAUUUCCCGUAGUUUAGGAACCACCUUGUUCCUUUACAUAUCUCGUUUUAUUUAUCCAACAACUUUCAUGGCAUGUACUACCUCGGGACAAAAACAAAAGCGACUUAAGGGGAGUCAAUACUUCAAUUCAUCCAGUGGGCAAUGAAUCUCCCACCAGUACAAUAAAAAACCAUUUUAAUUUUCUGCCACAAACAGCAUAACAGUAACAUGCACGUUUUACAAUUCAACCGACAACUAAGGCUUAGAUUCUCUUGCUCAAAUACAUAUAUUUAACAAGUUUUUUACCCUCGUGUAGUGUUAUAUAUUUCACCGUCCUGAACACCUUGUACUUUGGCAUAACAAGCUUGCAUCUUGUUUUCAUUGUCGCUGGCAAACAAUUAAAUGUCCUUUGAUUACCAUUGUCAUGUUUCGCACGUUUUGCCCCCGUAAUUGCUACUCUUUUCAACAGCAAGGGUAAUUAUAAAACCGUUAAUAGCUAUUCCGUCUUUUCAAUUACAAAUGCAAAGCUUUUUUGUGAUUAGGGUUUUGUGAUGUGUAUUUCAGUAUUUGCUUGAUUCAGAAGGCAAAAAUUAUCCAAUGACAGUGCUGCUAAAUUAAAACCAAACUAAUCUCAUUCUUUUAUCCCUUUACGAUGUAUGCAAAAUCUCGAUCAAAAACUGCUUAAAUAAUUUAUACGUUUUAAAAAGUCAAAAAUUACACUGACAUAAACUAUAGGCUUAACUUGACAAAAUGCUAUUCUAUUCGAAAUUUUAUUUAUCAUUCCAAACCCACUAUGAUACAAAAAUAUCAUAUGACAUGCUGCUACAAUUUUCAUUUCCUUUUUAUUCAAAACGCCUGUCACUUGAAAUUUCAAUAGCUACUCAAGAAACCUUGCCUUGUUAAAAUAUUUGAAGGCAUUAAUAAUCAAACAAUGCUUUGUCAAAACCUGCCUAAAUUGGGGACAUCCUUCUUAAAGGAGUUAUGACUCAAACUUCGGCGUUUUACACACAAACAGUUUCCUGGCGUUAAAUUUAACAAACCAAGCUGCAUUUUGAGCGCGUCGACGCGCAAUUUUGGGUUUCACAAAGGCGCAAAUGUAGAUUUCAAUUUUGGGUUUCGGAGUAUUAAACGGUUCCUCAAACAAUGCGAAAACGCACCCGGCCGCGGUUUUAAUAUUCAUGAUUACGUAUUAAAAGACGCACGGGUGUUUGUUAUAGCACUGCUGGUGACAGGCGUGUCGCGCGCUUUCAUUGGCUCACUCUUGACAAAUGACAAACUUGUGCCCGUCAAGGUGUUAGGUCUAUUCAAUUUCUGACUGCGCCUCAUCCUGGUAAUUAAAGCGAAGUGUGAUUGGCCGAGCGCGCAGCUGUUAACCAAUUAAACGGCACCGACAGCUUGUUAACCUGGACGUUUUAAUGGGAAUAUGUUUACAUAACAAAGUCCCUUCUCGCACUUCAUUUGAGAAUCGAAUCCAGGAGAGACUUGUCUAAGAUAGCGCAAAGACUAUCUUUGUCUUGGGAGAGAACGCAAGAUUUCCGAACGCUGUUUAUACAAAAGAUCAAUAAUUUGCGUCCCGUAAAGAAGACGCUCUUUUGAAGACGAAAGUCAACUAUCAAAUUUGGGAGAGUGCAAACUGCGAUCAAGAGAAAUUAUAAGACGUGGCUUAUAAACACAAAGUAUAAGUCUCGCUAGAGAGACACGCACAGGAUAAAUUUAAGUACAGACAUAUAUAGAAAUUGUCUAUUCCCGUGUUGAAAAAAAAACGCUGUAGUGAAUCUGAGAAGACGUCGGUUCUACAAAAUCAACCAUCCGUGAACCGAGAUUAUCAUAUCAAGUUAUCAACUAUCCUAUCCGUACUGAGAUUAUUCACAUCUAGCAAAGAGCGCACGAUAAAGGAAUCUACAGAAAUCUACAAAAGGAAUCUACAGAAAUCAAGAGAAUAAACAAUUUGAGAAGACGUUAUUACAAACUACGAUCCGUAUCGGAGAUUAUCAUAUUUCAAUUGUCUGUCUAUCCAUAAUACGACGUUAUUCGUCGUAUCCAGAAAAUAGCGCAAGGAGAAGAAGACUAAAAGAAUAUUUAUUCUAGCCAUGGCCUACCACCCUUAUUACCCGACAGCGCGAACGGAAUUCUCAGUUCCAACCAUCAUUCAACCUCUGAUUCCACCCGUAAACGUGAACACAGCUAACCAACAAACAAUGGCAUCAAAUUCCUUCAACUACCAUCAUUUAUCAUCGACCGCAACCAAACCAAAAUCGUUCAAUCCAACUUUUCCCGCGCCUUCUUUCCAUGCUCCUGCAUCGAUGAUGGGCUCUGGUGGCUUUGACCCGGAGCCUGACAGACCACGCAGCCCGCCCGCUACCGUGAAACUUGAAAACGAAGAUCUCUGGCAAGCCUUUCACACACACGGCACGGAGAUGGUCAUCACCAAAGCAGGAAGGUAAGCUAGAACUCUUUCGUACAUUAUACAUGACUUUUAUUUGGUUAGUAUAUAUGCAGUCAAUAUACCAAAUAUGUAAGCAGUGUCAAUAAUAAUACUCCGGUUUAUACCUCCAGUGAUAACAGUGGAUCAAUACGAGAUGGCCCUUGGCUUUAGUAACAUGGGGAGAAUAUUUUAAAAGUGAUAAAGCUAUUCUGUAUGAACUAGGGGGUAAGCUAGAGUAGAGGGCUUUUAUCAUCGUCUCUACCUCACACCCUGCACCAAUCGUCAGAGCUUUAAAUUAUCUACUUCAAAUCUGAUAAGAAAUUUUCUCUGUCUAGGCGAAUGUUUCCCGCAGUAAAAGUGAGAAUUUCAGGUCUCAAUCCGAGGACAAAGUACAUCGUUUUGCUGGAAAUCGUCGCCGUGGACGAGUGUCGCUAUAAAUUUCAUAAUUGUCGCUGGUCGAUAGCCGGAAAGGGAGAUCCCGAAAUGCCUAAACGUAUGUAUGUCCAUCCAGACUCGCCAAGCACUGGAGCUCAGUGGAUGCAGAAGGUUAUUUCAUUUCAUAAAAUGAAACUCACUAAUAAUGUCAACGAUAAAGAUGGAUUUGUAAGUUGAUAUUUUCAAUAUGAUCAUAGUCUAAUCCUAGGGGGUUAAUCGCCAAAUCAAUUCAAUAAACUCGCCCCACUAUGUGUCUGAAUUGCUAGAAAGGAAUAUUUUUCGGGUAGUUCAGACACAAACCACGGUAGCUUAUUGUAUAUAUUCUUAAUAAAACCUGUAUCUGAGAUAUCUUUUUCAGGUAAUUCUGACAGCUUAUUGUAGAUUACCUAUAUACAGGCUACACGGAACUCCACGUUUCCCGUAUAUAUUUAAUUAAGUUUUCAAUGACCCAAAAUUUGAGUCACUAAAACCUGAGUCGCUCAGUUUGGUGGGUAUUUUCGGUCGAACGAGGACGAAAGUUGAUAAGAGUUGCAACUGCGGCAGUUGGACCGCCAAAGGCGCCAACUCUCAUGCACUUUUUGAACUGGUUCAAAUUUGAUGAGAGUUGAUGAGAGUUUCCGCAACGCGCGUGGAAAUAUGCAGUCAACUCUCAUGCAACUCUCGUUCUCGUUUGACACGAGACUUGAGAAAACUUUCAUGCAAACUCUCGCUUCUCAACUCCUCAUCCAACCACGGCUUCAGACUCCACAGGACUUCUAAAUGCUGAGUCAGACUUUCGACGCCCCAGGCGGGAGCGUAGGCGCCCAAGGUGUUACCCUGGUAUUAACAUAUUUUCUUGAAAGACAACAAAAUAUGUCCUUUAUCUUUAGACGAUUCUCAACUCCAUGCAUAAAUACAAGCCUCGCGUUCAUUUGGUGAAAUGUGAAGAUAUAUACAGAUUGCCUUGGAGUUCUUUCCAGACAUUCGAGUUUCCCGAUACUCUGUUUUUGGCCGUCACUGCUUAUCAAAAUGAGAAGGUAGGCUGUCCCAGAAACUUAACUAAACUACGGUAAUUAUAUUGAUACUGAGGAUAGCUCUAUCAGUUCUGAACUGUUCUCCCUAGAGGUCCAGUAAGGGUCAUCUCUUAUUGAUCCAGUGUUACUAAAUGAGGAAACUUAAACUAAACUAACUUUGUUUAUACUGGAUAGUUCUAUCAGUUCUAAACUGUUCUCCCUAGAGGUCCAGUAAGGGUCAUCCCUUAUUGAUCUAGUGUUACUACAGAAGGAAACAAGAGCGCCCGGAGAAAACCUACUGCGGUGUUUUGUAAAAUCUGAAAGCACUCUUAUGCUGCGAUUGAAGUAAAAUUAUAACUAUUAAAGAGAAAUGCUUUGAAAACGUGUUAGUAAACCUACUAAUUCAACUUUGAUAUUCUGGGCAAUGUUUUUUUUAAAAGAAGAACCACGUGAAAUGGGUAUAUUUGGCAUAAUUCUUCAUGGGGGAGAAACUGUUUUCUCUCAGCUGUGAAAACAGGCGCCAGGCUAUAGUUUCAAAGUGUGAACAGAAACUAGACCGCCAGCUGUACUGUUAUCUGAUGUAUCAUUUCAACACGAGAGACGUGUUUAUUGCCUUGUUUGUUUGUUUGUUUGUUUGGCCAGGAAGGAGAUGGACGUUCGAUGUUUAUUUAGUCAGAAUGCGUUGAAUGUCAGCCAAGAACUAAUUUAGACUCGAUACAUUAUUAGCACUUUUAACACCAUCUUCAUCUGAUUAAGAAGAUUUACAUAGCUACUAUAGCUUUCAUUUUUAUUUACCAACCGAAUACAAGACUACUAGAUCAUUCCACAUAUAAUGGAACUAUUAUUGAAAAGAGUAAACAUUAUUAUUACCAUUUGGGUUCAACCUUGACAGUUAUAUUUUUCACUCUGCUGCACAAUGUUGCUUGCACAAUUGGAGCGACAAAAUAUUUGGAGCUCAUACAAAAGUUCGGCAGAGCCUGACGCAUUAUGCGACGUUUGAGCGACAUUGAUUUAUAAACCGCUCUACUAGCUCAUGUACCAAAACCUAACUCAACUUUUUUUUUAAAUUUGUUAGUAUUGGAAUGGCCGUCUUGUAAUUUAGAAUUUUAUUUAGGAUUCUUUCGCGAAUGCACAUCAACCUUGUCAAUAACAUUACAUUUUAUACGCCGUUUGAAUCACUGCCGUUCUUGUGUUACUCCAAUGUCGCAUCUAAUACAAUUAAUUUCGACACGUGAAAAGUACGCCGUCUGAAGCAGUCUAAAAUCACAACAUUGAAUGUUUCCUGUAGUUCUGUAGAAUCUCUUACGACUCGAAAAUGGACGGGAAAUUAGAAAUAAACUCCUUUUCCUGGCCAAAAUUUAAGUGCAAUUACAUUUUAUUAUGAAACGGGAAACGGAAUCGUAAUAGGUGAUGUCUAUUUUCGAUUCGAAGUCGACAAAAUUGCAUGUCUUUCAGUCUUAUAUGAACUGGCGAACCCGCCCAUAGAAAGGGUUCAAAAGGACGGUUCUAUCAGUUAUAAACUGUUCUUCCUAGAAGUCCAGUAAAGUCCAGCCCAUUUCCACUCAAGAAAAUUUUCUACUGACAGAAAAUUUCCGAAAAUAUCAUAAUUUUUUUCCGACGUAAAAUUUGUGUCUGCCAAUCACACUGCGGGAAAUUUUCCUGAGUUGGAAUGGGCCUUUAUUGGAGGAGUACUCAGAAAAAACCUGUGGUGUUUCGUGGUAGAGUCAACUGGAAGCACUCUUCUCCCAUGUGACCGAGGUGGAAUUAUAAUGAGACAACUGCAUAUUGCAGGAAUGAAACCUCAGUCACAGAGACUAAUCCUGCUCAGGCGUUAAUGUAAAAACAGUUCCCCACUGUGACAGUUCAAAGGUUACUAUUAACGCUGCAAUGUGGCGACACCAGAAAGCAACACUUCACAAACAUGUAAACUUGACUCAAAAGCGCUAAACUGGCCACGUUUCUUGUGGGAAAAAUAUCACCAAACAUUGUGUCAGAUUUUUCGCCCAAUUUCUCGCCUUUUAUCAUGCGAUUAUAGCUUUUCAAACAUAAGGAGUGAUGAUAUCACUUCACGUGGGUGUCGGCCCCUAGUCACAUGCGCCUUCUGUUUGACUGGUCCUCUCCAUAAGAUGAACAGUUCAGAACUGUAAGAACUAUGGAGUAUGAACAAAGUUUAAAGGAGGAUGAAAGAUCGUUUACUGGAAUAAUACUAUUUAAUUCCACUUUGAAAUGUCAUUUUGAAUGUUUAUCAAAGUCGUGAUACAGACGUUUUUUUACAAAACUGUAUUUUGAUGUCUUUCCCGUUUAGAUUACCAAACUAAAAAUCGACAACAAUCCUUUCGCAAAAGGUUUUCGUGAAAAUGGCGCUGGUCAGAAGCGAAGAACCCAAGACAAAAGGUACCUUGCAUUUUCAUCAAUACAUCUUCACUGUUUAGACGUUUUCCUCACGACUUUCGUAAGUUAUACAUUAUGAUUCGUGUGAUUUCGUGUAGGAAAGCCAAAACUCUGGACACACAAGAGAAAAGUUUAACUACUAAAGAAGUGAAAUGCGAAAAUAAAGUUCCUGCAGACUGUACCAGACUUUCCAUGGACCAAACUCACUCGGGUAAAAAUUGCAAACUUAUCAUUGCGUUGUGUGACUGACAGAUAGCAUCGAUUCUAAACUGUUCUUCUAGAGGUUCAGAAAGGUUCAUCUUGUAUUGAUCCAGCGUAACUACAGGAGGAAAUCUAAACUAAAGUUAAGUUUAGUUUAGGUUUCCUCCUGUAGUAACACUGGAUGAAUAAGAGAUGAUGCUUACUGCACAUCCAGGAAGAACAGUUUAGAACUGAUAGAGCUAUCCAGUAUAAAUAAAGUUAGUUUAGUUUAGGUUUCCUUCUGUAGUAACACUGGAUCAAUAAGGGAUGCGACGAAGACAAAGCAACAAUGUAUCGAAUAAAUUCAGUUAACUCGCGUGCCAGUUGUAAUUUUUGAACGUUUAGUAUGAAACUCCAGGGAAACAGUCUAGAAAUAGCAAACAAUGAACACAAUUACAAACGUGGCAUUUUGUUUGCUGUAAUUAAUCGAGUAAUUAAUGUUCUCAUUCUUUCAAUCUUGAGAAUCCUGGAUUGUCUUUGUAAUUGUUGUUAAUCAUAAUAGACAAAGAAAAACAGGCGAUCCAGAACAAUAAUGGAUGAAUAUUUCUGUCUUUAAUGUGUUUGUAAUGGUGUGACCCAGUGUGACACGUGUAAACAGCUCUGUCUGGCCUAGAUACCAGAUUGUAUAAUAUUGGAUCAGUAAGAGAUGAUCCUUACUGGACCUCCAGGGAGGACAGUUUAGAACUGAUAGAGCUGUCCAGUAUAAAUAAAGUUAGUUUAUUUUUUCUGGAUAGCUCUUUACGUUCUAAACUGUUCUCCCUAGAGGUCCAGUAAGGUUCAUCUCUUAUUGAUCCAGUGUUACUACAGGAGGAAACCUAGACUAAACUAACUUUAUUUAUACUGGACAACUCUUUCGGUUUUAAACUGUUUUCCGUAGAGGUCCAGUAAGGUUCGUUGAUCCAAUGUCACUGCAGAAGGAAACCUAUUAUAUUAAACCAAAUUUUAUUUAUGCUGGGUAGCUCUAUCAGUUCUAAACUAUAGUAUGAACUGUUCUCCGUCCAUAGAGCCAGUAAGUGCCACCAUUAUCGCUGGGAGUUCUCUUACAUACAAAAUUAUAAUCGGCCAUUAUUCUUUUUAGGAGAAAACGUGAGUGUUCCACAAGCUUCCCAAGAACAAGCAAUUCCAGCAACCGCUGGCGAGACGACUGCAGGCCUACCUACCGAGAGCUGGGCACACCCACGUAGUUACCACAGCAACAAUCACGCGUACAGAUCAGACAUUCGUUAUUCACCGUAUCCGACACAAGCGCCGAGAAACUCAUUUAUGACCAACCCAGCUUCGUUCCCACAUCGGCCAACGCCGGUAAUGUUCGGUCAAUCAUUCGCUCACCCGAUGUACGGUACGUACACUGUACCCCCGGCAUAUGUUCCCUCCUGCGAUGUUUUUAGCCCGGAGACAAAUAUGGAAAAUAAUGCCGGGGAUAUGUUUAAUAUCCCUAUUGGCAAUAAGUACUGA